CAGAAGUCUCGGAAAAGGCAGAGGAAGCAACGAGGAAGUCUAUUUAAGAGAGGAAAAUCUCACCCACACUGGAGAUGAGAGAGAUGAAUAAGACCUUCUUUCUGUCGCAUGGGUCUCCGACGCUAAGUAUAGACGAGGGCUUGGAGGCCAGGCAUUUCCUGCAAUCAUGGAAGGAGAAGGUUCUUCAGGACAAACCCAAAGCGAUCUUGAUCAUCUCUGCGCAUUGGGACACCAAAUAUCCCGCCGUCAAUUCUGCACCUCGCCCUUCUACGAUCCACGAUUUCUACGGCUUCCCUGAUCGCAUGUACCAGAUUCGAUACCCAGCUCCAGGAUCUCCAGAUUUGGCGCAGAAGGUGAGAACCCUUCUGGUGGAUGCUGGCUUCGACCGUGUGGGUGUAGACACAAACCGUGGAGUUGAUCAUGGAGCAUGGGUUCCGCUAAUGCUGAUGUACCCAGAGGCAGAUAUUCCCGUCUGCCAGCUCUCCGUCCAAUCACACGAGAGCGGUGCUUACCAUUACAACAUGGGGAAAGCUUUGUCGCCUCUGAAACACGAAGGCGUCCUUAUCGUCGGUUCAGGAAACGCCACUCACAACCUGAGGGAGCUGAAUAGAAAUGCCAAAGACGGAAUUGCGGAUCCUUUGUAUCUAGAGUUUGAUGAAUGGCUUAGAGAUGCUCUCCUCGAAGGAAGAUAUGAAGACGUGAACGACGUUGCAAGGAAGGCACCUCACGUGAAAAGGGUUCAUCCUUCGUUCGAUCAUCUGUACCCAUUACACGUCGCUAUGGGCGCGGCGGGCGAGAGAGCGACGGCUGAGCAAAUCCACACGAGCUGGCAACUCGGCACCUUAUCCUACUCUUCUUAUCAAUUCAACUCUUCCAAUUAGACCGUUCAUCUGCAUCUAUGUAUUGGAUUAUUUUCAAUAAUGAUGUGCACCUUCUCCAUCAAUUUGUAUUUUUCUAAUAUGAUCCAAUCAGAAUUACGGUACAAA